AUUCCCUCCACAAUGUCACAGCCACUCAUUGUUAAGGCAAAGUAUGAAAAGGAAAUUCGUAUUUUACCAGUUUAUACGGACGAGCUCUCUUUUGAUGAACUCUACCUCAUGAUUUCGCGCCUGUUUAAAGGCCAGAUUGCUGCUGAUGACGAUCUUAUUUUGAAGUACGUAGACGCCGACGGUGAUUUGAUUACCCUCGGGGACGGUGCAGAUCUUGAUUUGGCUCUCCUGGAAAAUAAAAAGCUCUGUAUCCACGUCUCUAAUCGACCACAAAAGGACAGUGAGCAUCCUUCAGUCAGUGAGCCAAUCGAAGUUGGCAAGAAUUCGAUUACUUCAGCCGAGAGCAUAAGCCUCGUGGAUGAACUCGCAACAGUUCGUUCGCAGCUUAACAAUCUCAUCGACAGACUCGCCAGUUGUCGCCCCGUCGAAGCCGUCUCAACAAAAUAUAGGGAUGUUGGCGUACAGGAGACGCAGCAACUUGCGGUUUCUUCGGAUCCUCCUGCGGCAGCCGUACCUCCACCGAGCUUGAAGAAUCAAAUGCCGCUUCCACCGCAGACAUCGAUGCUCACCGCCAACCCCGCGCUUGCUGUAAGUACCCCCAGGGCUUCAGACCUGAUCACUGUUAAUCUGCGAUAG